GAGCGGUGCCUGGCCUGGAUGGUUCCUGUUCUCCCCAAAGUCAUCGACAAGCAGUCGCCUCAACCUACCUCUACCUCAUUCCACUUAGUUGCUUUAUAGCGUGCCUUUGGCAAACGACUCUCGCUUAUAUCAGAGAACACUUGAUCCCACUCCGCAAUGAAGGUUUCGCAGUUAUUGUCCGCAGCCGGACUCGUGGCCUCCACACAGGCUUGGGGGACCGAUGUCCACACCUUCUACACCACAGUCGUGACCACCGCCUACGAGACGUACUGUCCUUCGCCCACAACUUUCGUCCACCAAAACGUCACUUAUACCGCCACCACGGCCACCACUCUUACCAUCACGAACUGCCCCUGCACCAUCACUACCGACAAGCCGCCCCAGCACAUCCCGACUGUGACGGUCCACCCGAUGCCGUCGUGGAACAACACCUCCGUGCGUCCGCCGUCGGGAUGGAACACCACCACCACGACCCCGCCGCCCAAGCCUACCUACUACCACAACACCUCCGCCGUGGUCGAGCACACCCCUAAGCCAACCAAGCCGAGCCACCGCCCCGACCUCACCUCGACCAUCGUGGUUAUCGUGCCCACCACCCCCGCCACUGACCUCCCAACCAACACCCCUGUCGGACCGUCCACCUCGAGACCCGUCACCGUCCCAGGGAGCGGUGCUGGGUCGCUCACCGCGAAUACCGGCGCCCUUAUCCUGGCCGGAACCUUUGCGCUGCUCUUCUAAUUCUAAUUUCUAAUCUGGAGUCCUUGGGCGUCUUUCUGUUAAGCCUGGCAAGAAUUACUAUCAAGGGACGCGAUAUUGUAGCGGAUCACUUU